GAAACACCUUCUCGCAGGUAGUAGCGUCGCUUCGCGGUACGCCUUUUCUCAAUGGCGCUUGCUGCUUCCCUCUCCGUUCCAUCCGCGUCAGCUUUUGCGACAUUCGCUGCCGUUUCGCAGCGACUUUCUCCGACUAGCGUAUCUCUUCGUCGCGAUGGUUGCAUGCUGGUUACCAGCCACGGAUUGACGUCGCCAAGGCUCCGCAGCAUACCGUUGUCAUCCGUGACUAUAUCGAAGGCGCACAAACGGGCUACCGGACGGGCGUUCGCUGCAUCGCCGGAAGAAGCGGGAGACGCGGCGAUCGACGUGGAAGCUGAGAUUAAGAACGAGAAGGUGCUGGUUCUGGGUGGGAGUGGGUUUGUGGGCUCUGCUGUGGCGAGAGCAGCGGCAGACAGAGGCAUUGACGUGGUCAGCCUUAGCAGGUCCGGCCGACCCUCCAUUUCCAAUGAGGCAUGGGUGAACAGUGUCACGUGGGAGACUGGUGACGUGUUCAAUGCCGAUUGGCCUGUGCUUCUAAAGGAUGUGACUGUUGUGGUCUCCUGCAUUGGGGGAUUCGGCACGGACGAGCAGAUGGAGCGGAUUAAUGGCGAUGCUACAGUGGUUGCUGUAGACGCAGCUAAAGAUUCUGGAGUGCGCAAGUUUGUGUUUGUAUCGGUGCAUGAUUAUAACCUGCCCGAUUUCGCGAAGGAAAAUGGAUAUUUCAACGGCAAGAAAAGAGCUGAGACUGCGGUCCUUGACGCGUUUCCCAAUACAGGAGUGGUGCUGCGGCCGGGAUUUAUAUAUGGGAAAAGGCGUGUGACCGGAGGGGUGGAGGUCCCGCUCGAUCUGAUUGGUCAGCCUCUGGAGAAGCUGUUGUCCGCCACUAAAGACAUCACUAAGUUGUUUUCCCCGCUACCUGCAUCCGACCUACUGUUAGCGCCUCCUGUUGAUGUUGCCGACCUGGCAGCUGUAGCAGUGCGAGCAGUGGUGGAUGACUCAGUUGCUGGGAUGUACGAUAUAGAGGGCAUCAAGCAGCUGGCAAGUGGCUUCAAGUAAUUCUUCAGAGUGGAAGGUUGUGGAAAUUGUGUUGGUAGUGAGGGUAUUGUGGCCUUACGAAAUAUACAUGUCUUGUGUGUAUGUAGAGCACGUUUUUGGUUUAUGUAACUACGUAUUGAUCA